UGAGCAUAAAUUCUAUUAUUAAUGUUGAAGAUUUCACUUGUGUGUUCUUUCAUAGCUCGUAAAAGCCUUGUCACUAACCUAACUAAGUAUGUCCAAUAAAGAACGCCAGCACAUGGAGCCUGAUGAGCUUUUGCGUCCAAAUACGAGAGUGGUAGCAAUCUCUAACUUUGUAGGUGAAACUCCUAAGGAUCUGAGCUUUGUAGUUGGUGAGAAACUUACCAUAUUGAAGCCAGAUAUUGCAAUGUAUUGGUAUGUUGCUCAGAAUGAGCGAGGUCAAAGAGGAAUCAUCCCUUUCAAUCUUAUUGAGGUUAUUGAAGAACAACCACCAGCUGUUCCCCCUCCUUUAUCACGGGCUUUCUCUCAGAAAGCGACACCAUCCAGCGUCCCUUCUUCUUUAGACAUUGUUCCACCUCCUGUACCACCGAGACCUGGCAGAAACCAUUCUGACGGAAGUGUACAGAGUUUAGAUAGACUCCGUUCAGCUACUCAUUCAGCCUUUCCCCCUCCUCUCUCAGCUCCUCCUCAACAGACCAAUGCACCUCCUUUACCACCGGUAACUGGUAAUCCAGUACCAGUUGUCAUUGAAUCCAUUAACUUUCGACCUCCUAUGCCACUUCCACCCAGUGCCAGUGGGCCUCAGCAACACAUAACUUCUCCCCUUGCCACUAAAUUCGGCAAGUACUCCAACAGUCAGAGUUUUGUCUCAAACUCUGGCUGGUUUCAGCCUACGGUAGGCAUGACGCUUUCAACAAAACUUCACAUCCCGGAGUACGUCUUUCGACAAAUGACAUCAGCCGUUUAUUUCUUCCAGCACAAACACGACCGUACUAAAGACUUUGUAGGAAAGUCUCUCCUACUCUACAAUGACCUCACACAAAUGUUUGUGAAGCUUUAUGAGAAGCGAGUGGAUCAGCUCAAUCCACUGGAGGAGGAGCUGAGAUACAAUUCACCCGAUGCUGAUAUGUGGAACGUGAGGGCUUGGAGUCACCCGCCUGUAAUGUUAGAGCUGGAGGCCUCAAAAAUGAUUAUAAAACUGAACUCGCUUCAUCCUUGCGGCCUCAAUAAAAGUAUAACUCUAGAGUCAAAGGAAGAUUUCCAAAAGUUCUGUGUCUGGUAUACCAAAGAGAGGCAGAAAAAGAAGAAAAACGAGUCCAUUGUAUAAUAGAACUGUGUGUGUGUGUGUGUGUGUAAUAAAUCAGACAUUCUUAUACAAAAUUAUCAAUUUUUUGAUUAUUUUUAGGAUUGUUUUAUUACAA